AACGAUCCAUACUGCCAGUCGUAUUUCCUCUGCAAUCUUCUUCGAAAUGGAACGUUCAUAAAAACUCUUUACAAUUGUCCUAAGACAUCGUUCUUUGAUCCCAGCAUAUCUCUUUGCAGCACGAAAUAUGUUUGCCAAUGCAGUGUGCCAACCACGGUAGAGACUACUACAAGUACUGAAUCUCCGACAACCACAACAAUAGCUCCAACUUCUACAACGACCGAUUUGACCACCACAACUACAACUACAACUACCUCAUCCACAACUAAUCCAACUUCUACAACAACUAUUCCAACUACAACAGUAGAUCCGUGUAAGGUACCAGAAGAACCAGAAGACUUCGAAUGCACUGCGAAAGGUCGUUUCAAAAAUCCAAACGAUCCAUACUGCCAAUCUUAUUUCCUCUGUAAUCUCCUUCGCAAUGGUACCUUCAUAAAAACUCUUUAUAAUUGUCCUAAGACAUCAUUCUUUGAUCAAAGUAUAUCACUUUGCAGCACGAAAUAUGUUUGCCAAUGUAGUGUGCCAACCACUGUACAAACUACUACAAGUACUAAAUCUCCAACAACCACAACAUUAGCUCCAACUUCAACAACGAGUGCCUUGACUACCACAACUACAACUACCUCAACAACACCUACAACCACAACUACUUCUACAACAACCAUUCAGACUACUACAUCAGAUCCUUGCAAAGUACCUGAAGAACCAAAAGACUUCGAAUGCACUGCGAAAGGUCGUUUCAAAAAUCCAAAUGAUCCAUACUGCCAAUCGUAUUUCCUUUGUAAUCUUCUUCGAAAUGGAACGUUCAUAAAAACUCUUUAUAAUUGUCCUAAGACAUCAUUCUUUGAUCAGAGUAUAUCACUUUGCAGCACGAAAUAUGUUUGUCAAUGCAGUGUGCCAACCACUGUACAAACUACUACAAGUACUAAAUCUCCAACAACUACAACAUUAGCUCCAACUUCAACAACGAGUGCCUUGACUACCACAACUACAACUUCCUCAACGACGCCUUCAACCACAACUAGUCCAACUUCUACAACAACCAUUCAAACUACUACAGCAGAUCCUUGCAAAGUACCUGAGGAACCAAAGGACUUCGAAUGCACUGCAAAAGGUCGUUUCAAAAAUCCAAACGAUCCAUACUGCCAAUCUUAUUUCCUCUGUAAUCUUCUUCGCAAUGGUACCUUCAUAAAAACUCUUUAUAAUUGUCCUAAGACAUCAUUCUUUGAUCAAAGUAUAUCACUUUGUAGCACGAAAUAUGUUUGCCAAUGUAGUGUGCCAACCACUGUACAAUCUACUACAAGUACAAAAUCUCCAACAACCACAAGUACUCCCACCACAACUACUAAAUCUCUUCCAACUACAACAAUAGUUCCAACUACUACAACCACUUUGACUACCACAACUCCAAACAUCACAACAACAAUAAAUCCUUGUAAAGCACCACAAGAUCCAGAAGACUUCGUAUGCACCGCAAAAGGACGAUUCAAAGACCCGAACGAUCCGUACUGCCAAUCGUACAUCCUUUGUACUCUCCUUAAAAAAGAAUACAUUAAAACUCCUUACACCUGUCCCAAAGGAUCAUUCUUCAAUCCAAGCACAUCGACAUGCAGCACCAAAUACAUUUGCGAGUGCUCCGAGACGACCACAUUACCCACCAUCGCCGAGACAGAUAAAUGUCAGGUACCAUCAACCACAAUUGAUUUCCAGUGCGCCAAAGCUGGCAGAUACCAAGAUCCUAACGAUCCGUACUGCACAUCUUAUUACAAAUGCACUUCUUUGAUCACCGGCAAAUUUACGAAGACUCAAUACAAUUGUCCUUCUGGUACUUAUUUCGACUCCAGCAUUCAAAUGUGCAACAAAGCGUACGUCUGUCCUUGUAUUUCGUUGAAGAGGACGUUAGUGAUGAACAACGUGGAGAGCGGCAGUACCUGGAGCGAUUGGUUGACGUGGUGGAAUUACGGAAAAGAGCAUUUUUAAUUAUGAAAACCUCGAAUAAUUAAUUGUUCUUGAGUACUUCUGUAUUAAAAUAAAUAAUUAAUUACG